CGGAAGGCAACGUGAACUCGGAUCUAGGCGAAGCUGUACUGUCGAUCAACUCGCCAGCAUCCAACCGAGACCGACCCGGGCACCCCACAGCUGCGAUUGCUUCGUUCCCUCUAUUAUUUGCCCACCACCGCUGGUCCCCGUACCUCCCUUCAUCGUCUCCCUAUAUAAGGAAGGGCAGGCAGACCCGAACGUCCUUUCUGCUUCCCGCCUCUAUCCACGUCUUCACGGCCAGACGGCAACACGCCGGAACAAGUUCCAACCCACUCACCACCAUGAAGCUCCUAUCGGCUGUUACCGGCAUAAUUGCGACCGCGAGCUGCGUCGCUGCGCAUCCGGUAGAGAAAAGAGAGGUCGGAGGCAUCCUGAUCUGCCAGGGCGCCUACGGCACGGGCCCGUGCCACCAUGAGGUCUACGCCAUGAGGACCUGCUACGAGCUGCCCGAGGGCUUCGCGCAGGAUACCAAGACCUUUGCACCGGACGACGAUAGCUUCUUCUGUUGGCCGAGAGCGGGCACAUGCGCGGAUAUCUGCAGAUCGCCCACGGGUUGCACUUUCGAUAUCCUGAGCUUCUACAACCCCGCCAUAUGGGACCUGUCGACCAUCAAGUGGGAUACCAUACUCGGGUCGUUCAACUGCGAGCUGAACCGGACGUCGACGACGGCAUAAGGGCCGGCGCGGGCAGAGAGAAGGAAUCGAGUUCGGCGUGUCGACAAGUAAUCGUAAUGGGAAAAGAAUCGAUGAUACCAACGGCCUGCGCAAUCCGAUAUGAGCUGGCGUGCAUGAGAUACGAAGGUAGCCGGGGUAUGGUUCGAAGCAAGAAAGAAAGGGGGCUAG